AUGUCGUUGAAUCUGGAAAAACAGCUUUGCUUCUAUGGCGCCUACCACCACAAUCCAGUCAAUAUCGCCAUACAUAUGACCUGUGUCCCGCUGAUUCUAGCUGCCAGCAUACUUCUUGGAACGAAUAGUCCAAUAUUAAUCCCACUACCCACCUGGCUGACUGUUCCCAAUCUUCCUCUCAAUUUCGGGACCAUCGGAGCAAUAUUCUAUAGCGGCUUUUAUAUCCUCCUCGAACCUGUCGCGGGUUCGGUCCUUCUGCCGGUCAUCAUGGGCUGGACGGCAUAUUCGAACCACCUUACCUCGGCAUACGGCUCGAGCGCCAAUACUGCUGGGAUCGUCGUCGAAAUAGUCGCUUGGAUCGCCCAGUUCGUUGGACACGGUGUAUAUGAAGGCCGUGCUCCCGCUUUGCUGGACAAUUUAGUUCAAGCCCUCGUUCUCGCUCCCUUUUUUGUGUUCAUGGAAUUCCUGUUCAUGCUCGGGUACAGGCCCGAAUUGCAGAAAAGGGUUAACGAAGGCGUCGAUAAGGAAAUUAAGAAAUUCAAGUCACAGAAGGAGAAUGGGAAAGUGAAUAAUGGCAAGGCAAAUUGA